ACGAUUAUAAUUGUUUCUUGUAAUUCGAUUCGAUUCGUCAAUUUUGGGGUUUCGGAGUUUAGUGUAACUAAACGUGUUGGGAAUUAUUGUAGUAUUGGUACUAAAGUCUGAUUGAUCAAUAAUUUAGCAAGUAGAUUAAUCUAUAUUAAGGUUGUCAGCCUCUGUAAUUGUAAGAAGAAUGUAUGAUCUUCCUCAGAAUGAAGCUCCAUCUAGCCUUCAUUAACGGCCUUCUGAUUCAUCUGUUUCAGUAGUGAAGAAGAUCUGAUGAGAUAUCUGGAAGAUCAAGAAUAUUAGUAGAACAAAUUUCAGCAUUGACUUGAGUUUAAUUAGCUAGAGUAGGGAGUAAAAAGCAAUGGAAGAGAAUGGAGGCAGCCUAGUAACCGGAAUUCGACAUAUUGUGAGGCUCAAAGAGAUGCUACAGAAGUGGCAAACUGCCACAAUUGGUCCAAAGGGGAGUUUGAAUAAUCCAUCUCAUGAUCAAUCCCAUCUGGGGAUUCCGCCAGCGAUUAGUAAGAGAUUAAGAGGCUGCAGUGUGUAUGUUGAAUCAGACGACGAAAGUUGUCAUAGCCCUGAACCACCUCAUGAUGUUCCAAAAGGCUUUUUGGCUGUGUAUGUUGGUCGUGAGCUUCGGAGAUUUAUAAUUCCGACUAGUUAUCUCAGUGAUCCUUUGUUUAAGGUUCUUCUUGAAAAGGUUGAGGAGGAAUUCGGGUUUGAUCAUAGUGGUGGCCUUACAAUUCCAUGCGAGAUUGAGACCUUUAAGUAUCUACUCAAGUGCAUGGAGAAUCAUCAGAAGGGUAAUGGUGGACAUGAUAAUGUAGGUAACUAGUCAGCUUCUUUCCUCUAUUAAAUUUCUCGUAUUAUGAAUGUGUUACUUUUGUUAUUUAUUUCCAAUGCUGUCGCGGCCUGAAGUUAUAUGAAGUCCAUUGCUAAUUUAAGAGCCGGGACAUGAUGGAGUAAGUGUUCAUAGUUCAGUUCAGACCCUGUUAUUUUCAAGUUCAUCGAGGCACCAGCGCAUUCAAGAAUGACAUCUCCCUUUUUUAUUCCAGUGGCAGUGAAAUUCUUUUUCUUUUCGGUAAACACAUUUUAGUAUAUUAGCUUGGAUUGUUAGCAGAAUCCCUGUUUUAUAGUGUUGUUUGAGAUUGUGUUUGUAACAGAUUCAUUAUUGUUCAGCAACAAUGUUGUAACCAAUGUUGUAAAAUCUUUCAAAGUAAAAUGUCUAUUGAGUGCGAA